UCCAGUGUCAACCCGGGUCUUUUUGACAGGAUGGACCUGGUGGUGAAUCAUACAUCCGACGAGCAUGCCUGGUUCACUGCUUCAAAAACGAGCAAAAACGACCCAAAGCGCGAUUGGUACAUCUGGCGUCCUGGUAAAGUUGUCGACGGGGAAGAACUUCCACCCAACAACUGGAAGAGCGUGUUCCAGGGCUCCGCAUGGGAACGUGACUCUGCAAGUGGGGAGUACUAUCUUCACCUGUACGUACCUAAGCAGCCAGACUUGAACUGGGACAACCCUGUUGUGCGGUCUGCUGUUUGGGACGUCAUGCAAUUCUGGGUGCGCAGAGGGUGUGAUGGGUUCCGCAUGGACGUGAUCAAUUGCAUCUCGAAGACGGAUGGUCUCCCCGAUGCACCUCUGGUGGACCACACGCAGUACUACCAGCCGGCCAGCAUGUACUUUGCGAACGGUCCGCAGGUCCACAAAUACAUUAAACAAAUGCACGCCGAGGUCCUCUCCCACCACGACCUCAUCACGGUCGGCGAAACGCCCUUCACACAUGAGUCAUCCGAGCUCGCCGCGUACGUCCUUCCGCAGAACCGCGAGCUCAACAUGGUCUUUCACUUCGAGCUCAUGGACAUUGACUCGCCUUCCGAAUCGCCACUCCUCAGGAAACCUUGGACGCUCGGUGAGCUCAAGGAAAUCAUCGGUCGCUGGCAACAGUUCAUGCGCGAUGAUGGGUUCUGGAAUGCAGUUUUCAUUGAGAAUCAUGACCACGCGCGGUCGGUGUCGCGCUUUGGGAACGACUCGGCGCAGUGGCGCGCAGUCUCCGCCAAGAUGCUCGCUAUCUUACAGAUCACGCAGACAGGGACACUAUACGUGUACCAGGGACAGGAACUUGGCCUCAAGAACUUCCCGCGGACAUGGGGGAUCGAGGAAUACAAUGACGUUGCAAGUCAGAAUUACUGGAAUCUGAUUAAAGAGCAGAGACAACGAGCGCAAGGCAAGGAGGAUGUUGAAAUGUCUGAUCUUCUCGACAGUUUCGCGCAAAAGGCGCGUGAUCACGCAAGGACUCCGAUGCAGUGGAAUGCGAGUAAACAUGGAGGCUUCACGACCGGAACACCGUGGAUGCGCGUGAAUGACGAUUACCGAGAGUGGAACGCUGAAAAACAGAUCGGCGAUGCCACCAGCGUGCACGCAUUCUGGAAGCGCGCGCUGAAGGUGCGGAAGACGCACGAUGUUCUCAUCUACGGCGACUUCGUGAUGUUUCUUGAAACACAUGAACAGGUGUUCGCGUACACGCGGAACUAUGGGUCCACGUCUGCGUUGGUGUUGCUUAAUUUCAAGGAAGGGAAGGUUGACGUUGAUCUUGGGGAGGUCGUCGGAGGAGUAGCCGGAUACACAUUCGUCUUGGGCAACUAUGAGAAUGAGGCGAUCGGACUUGAGGAGAAGGUUACUCUAAGGGACUAUGAGGGGCGGGUGUAUGUCCGGGAGGCAUUGUUGAAUUGAUUAAAUGAGAGUUGCAUCCAGGGAACGUGCAAUACGCAUGUUGAUACGUCGAUAUCAUUUCAAUAAAAGAUACCAAGGAUCCGACGACUUUGCACCAGGUCAGCAAAAAACGCAUUGACCGCUUUACCCGACCUAGAACCUGUUCUUCGUUAAUGUUUCGAUGAUGCACAGACAUUCUAUCAACC